AUGCCUUCUCGUCGUCGCCUCUUCAACCCUCGCACCCCUCGCCUUCGUCGUAUCAAUCCUGAUCACCGUAUUAAGCGAGUACCCCUCGGUGAACUUCCCUUUCAGAAGACCACCGGUGCUCUCCUCUGUGAGCGUAUCCGAACCAUCAGACCUCUUCCCGUAUGGGAAGAUGGGGACAAGGAGAACGAGGAGGCUUUUAUGCGGGCUGUUGAUCACAUCGACGCCACCCUUGACCAGCAACUUGCAGAUCUUCAAAAUGAUAUGGAACAGGCUGAAGAAAUCCGACACUCGAUUAACUAUUUCCUAGCUGCACCCCCUGUCGACGGGCCUCGUCUCAGUAUGCCUCCCGUUGAUUCCGACGGCUCCAGCUCUGAGCCUGACGAGAGCAUUCUCCAAAACCGAGGUCGUGUACUAGCUACACCCGCUGGCCCACCUCCCCAGGUUCCCAGCCCCUAUACCGGAGACCGUGCGGUCGAGCAAGAAGUCGGCCAAGAGGCUCUUUCUCCCGAAGAGUAUGAAGAUGAAAACUCCAUUGACGAGGAAGACAUGGACGACGAGGAAGAAGAUAUUGGCGAACAAGACCAGGCCUUGGAUGUUGCUCCCCCCUUCGAUCCGGCCACCGCUGGCCUUAAGGAGAUCUCAAACCUCGCUCGCUUUACAGUCAGCAGCCACAAGCCCGGCAACGGCGUAGAGCAGCUCAAGAGUGAUGAUCUGAAGCAUUUCUGGCAAUCCGAUGGACCCCAGCCCCACAAGCUUACCAUGUACUUUACCAAGCGGGUUGGCAUCCGCGACAUUCGCUUCUACGUCGACUUCAAUGAAGACGAAUCAUACACCCCUACUAAGGUUGUCUUCAAGGCCGGCACAAGCGAGAACAACCUCAUUGAGUUUGCUACCAUGGCUCUCGAAAAUCCCUCUGGCUGGCAGCAGGUUCCCAUUGCCGGCGCCGGUGGCGACCCUGAUGGAAACACCCUCGUCGCCUGGGUUGUGCAGAUGCAGAUUCUUGAGAAUCACCAGAACGGCAAAGACACUCAUCUCCGAGGCAUCAAGAUUCACGCCUUCGACAAUGACUCCGCUCUUGGACCCGGCCGCGAUGGCAAUCCUAUCGACGAUGUCCUUGAACUAAUGGACAGAGUCACGGACAUUGGUGGCAGCGGCGCUACUCACUACGAGCCUGGUGAGGGGGGACUGACGAUUCCCGACUUCAUGCGAGAGCCCGAGAUUCGCUAA